AUGAACAAAAGUAGAUUGAAGAGCGAGUUAGAAAAUCAAGAGUUGAAAGAAGAAGCCAGAGAAAAUGAAAAUUAUAAAUUAAAGGAGGAAUUGGAAAAACAAAAGUCGAUACAAGAAGAUAAAGAAAUUGAUCUAAAUGAAAAGAUUGUAUCUUUGGAAUCUGAAAAUGGUAUAUUAGAGGAAAAGUUGGAAAAACAAAAGUUGAAUGAAGAAGAUAAAGAAACUGUUUCAAUUGAAAUUGCAUCUUUAGAAGCUGAAAAUAAUAAAUUAAAAGAAGAAUUGGAAAAACAAAAGAUGGAAGAAGAAGCUAAUUCUAAUACUAUUGCAUCUUUAGAAGCUGAAAAUAAUAAAUUAAAAGAAGAAUUGGAAAAACAAAAGAUGGACGAAGAAGCUAAUUCUAAUACUAUCACAUCUUUAGAAGCUGAAAUUAAUAAAUUAAGAGAAGAUUUGGAAAAACAAAAGAUGGAAGGUGAUAAAGAAGUUGAUUUAAAUGAAAAGAUCGCAUCUUUAGAAGCUGACAAUAGUAAAUUAAAGGAAGAAUUGGAAGAACAAAAUAAAUUAAAAGAAGAAUCGGAGAAACAAAAGUUGAAUGAAGAAGCUAAUUCUAAUAUGAUUGUAUCUUUAAAAGCUGAAAAUAACAAACUAAAGGAAGAAUUUGAAAAACAAAUAGUAAAAGAAGAUAAAGAAGUUGAUUCAAAUAAAAUCAUAUCUUUAGAAGCCGAAAACAGUAAAUUAAAAGAAGAAUUGGAAAAACAAAGGAUGGGUGAAGAAGAUAAAGAGACUAGCUUAAAUGAAAAAAUCACAUCUUUGGAAGCUGAAAUUAAUCAAUUAAAGGAAGAAUUGGAAAAACAAAAAUUGAAUGAAGAAACUAAUUCUAAUACAAUUGUACCUUUAGAGUCUGAAAUUAAUCGAUUAAAGGAAGAAUUGGAAAAACAAAAGUUGAAUGAAGAAGCUAAUUCUAAUAAAAUCACAGCUUUAGAAACUGAAAAUAGUAAAUUAAAAGAAGAAUUGGAAAAGCAAAUGAUGGGUGAAGAAGAUAAAGAAACUGGUUUAAAUAAAAAAAUCACAUCUUUGGAAACUGAAAUUAAUGAAUUAAAGGAAGAAUUGGAAAAACAAAAGUUGAACGAAGAAGCUAAUUCUAAUAAAAUUGCAUCUUUAGAAGCUGAAAAUAGUAAAUUAAAAGAAGAAUUGGAAAAACAAAGGAUGGGCGAAGAAGACAAAGAAACUGGUUUAAAAAAAAAAAUCACAUCUUUGGAAGCUGAAAUUCAUAAAUUAAAGGAAGAAUCGGAAAAACAAAAGGUGACGGAAUCAGAAAAACAAAGGGUGAUAGAAGAUAAAGAAUUCAAUCUAAAUGAAAAGAUUGUAUCUUUGGAGGAUGAAAAUCAUAAAUUAAAGGAAGAAUCGAAAAAACAAAGGGCGGUAGAGGAAGCCAACUCUAAUAAAAUAAUAUCUUUAGAAUCUGAAAAUAAUAAUCUAAAAGAAGAAUCGGAAAAACAAAAGGCAAAGGAAAAAGACAAAGAAAUUGGUUUAAAUGAAAAAAUCACAUCUUUGGAAUUGGAAAAACAAAAGGCAAACGAAAAAGAGAUUGAUUUAAAUGAAACAAUCAAAUCUUUAAAGGAAGAAUUGAAAAUUCAAAAGGAGAUAUCUGAGAAAGAAAUUAAAAAUUUACAAAUUGAAACUAAGAAAAAUUUAGAUAUUAAAGAUAAAUCUAAUGAUACAAGCACCAAUAUAGAGAGUGUUGCUGAAACUGAUAAUGACAAAAGUGUCAAAGAAAAAUUAGCCGAGGCAGAAGCUCAUAUAUCAAGUAGUGAAAAAGAAAAAACAGAUUUACGUGAUAAUAUCAAUAGAUUAAAUGAAAAAUUGAAAGAAGAACGUGAAGGUCAUGAAAAACUAGUCAUGAGUUGGGUUGAAGAGCAAAAAAAUAAUAAAAAUAACAAUUAUUAA